CUCUCCUGUCCGUCACUGUCACUUUGACGGUGUCCCAGACAGUCAGCCCCACUCCGCUCCCCGGCACACACUGACCUCCGCUGCUCACAUGGCUGCCUUACUAGCCCUUGGAGUCCUGUCCAGACGGGCGGCCCGGCGGUACGCCCUGGUGUCAGAGCAUAGUUUCCGCUGCUUGUCAGUAGCUCCUGCCUUGAUGGCCCGGACACAUGUGAACUAUGAAGUCAAGGGCGAUGUUGGCGUUGUUCGAAUUAAUGACCCAAACUCCAAGGUGAACACGCUGUCAGUGCAAAUGCAACAAGAAAUGACGGAGGUGAUGAAUGAGGUGUUGAACAACGAGGACAUUAAAAGUGCCGUCCUCAUCUCCACAAAACCGGGGUGCUUCAUUGCAGGGGCUGAUAUUAAUAUGAUUGCAGCUUGCGGGAGUGUGGAAGAAGUUACUAAACUUUCUCAGGCGGGGCAGAAGAUAUUUGAGCAGAUUGAAAAGUCUCCAAAGCCUGUUGUUGCAGCCAUCAAUGGUUCUUGCUUAGGAGGGGGGUUGGAGUUUGCCAUUUCCUGUCAGUACAGAGUUGCUACCAAGAGCAAAAAGACAGUUCUCGGUACUCCUGAAGUAAUGCUGGGUCUUUUACCUGGAGCUGGUGGUACGCAGAGACUCCCCAAAAUGGUUGGUCUCCCCAAUGCGUUUGACAUGAUGCUGACAGGAAGAAACAUCAGAGCCGAUAAAGCCAAGAAGAUGGGGCUUGUUGACCAACUCGUAGACCCACUAGGACCUGGGCUAAAGAGUCCAGAGGAAAGGACAAUGGAGUACUUGGAGGAGGUGGCUGUUGAAUAUGCCAGAGGGAUCGUCAACAAGAAGAUUUCUCUUCGAAAACAGAAAAACAUGACACAGAAAAUUACAGACUAUGUGAUGAGCUUUCCGUUUGUGCGGAAUCAAAUUUACAAAACGGUGCACGAUAAAGUUAUGAAGCAGAGCAAAGGACUUUAUCCAGCACCCCUGAAAAUCAUCGACUGUGUGAAAACUGGAGUUGAACAAGGGUCUGAUGCUGGAUACUUGGCAGAGUCUCAGAAUUUCGGUCAGUUGGCAAAAACCACCGAAUCGGCAGCCCUGAUCGGUCUAUACCAUGGCCAAGUUGCGUGCAAGAAGAAUCGCUUCGGAACUCCUGCGAGAGAAGUGAAAACUGUUGCCAUCUUGGGAGCAGGUCUGAUGGGAGCAGGAGUCGCCCAGGUGACCGUAGACAAAGGUUUUCAUACCGUCCUCAAGGACACCACUGUGGAUGGGCUGGCCAGAGGAGAGCAGCAGGUUUUCAAAGGGCUUAACGACAAGACCAAAAAGAAGAACAUCACAUCCUUUCAGAGAGAUUCCAUACUAUCCAACCUGACGGGGCAGGUGGAUUACAAGGGCUUUGAGAAGGCCGACAUGGUGAUUGAAGCAGUGUUUGAAGACAUCAACAUCAAGCAUAAAGUUCUGAAGGAGGUGGAGGCUGUUGUCCCCCCUCACUGCAUAUUUGCCAGCAACACAUCUGCCCUGCCCAUCAAGGACAUCGCUGCUGCCAGCAAAAGACCAGACAAGGUGGUUGGAAUGCACUACUUCUCCCCAGUGGACAAGAUGCAGCUUCUGGAGAUUAUUACCACCGAUAAGACUUCAAAGGAGACUACAGCCGCUGCGGUGGCCGUUGGCCUGAAGCAGGGCAAAGUCAUCAUUGUUGUCGGGGAUGGACCUGGCUUCUAUACGACGAGGUGUCUGGCUCCCAUGUUGGCUGAAGCAGUACGAGUACUUCAGGAAGGGAUUGACCCCAAGAAGUUGGAUGCCCUUACCACCAGCUUUGGGUUCCCCGUGGGCGCAGCCACGUUGGCUGAUGAAGUCGGUAUCGAUGUUGCGGCCCACGUGGCAGAGGACCUCGGCAAAGCUUUCGGUUCCCGCUUCGGAGGUGGAAAUGUGGAGGUUUUGAAGACCAUGGUGAAUAUGGGAUUUAAAGGGCGUAAAUCAGGAAAGGGUUGCUACGUCUACCAGGCCGGAAGCAAAGCCAGAGAGGUCAACCCAGAUAUCGGAGAUGUCCUUGAGAAGUUCAAGAUGACACCAAAUCCUGCUGUUUCAUCGGACUCUGAUGUGCAGUACAGGCUCAUAUCCCGGUUUGUCAACGAGGCGGUUCUGUGUUUGCAAGAGGGCAUCCUGAACAACCCACUGGAAGGAGACAUCGGUGCUGUGUUUGGGCUGGGAUUCCCUCCCUGCCUCGGAGGUCCCUUCCGGUUCGUGGACACCUUUGGCGCCGACAAGCUGGUCGAGAAGAUGAGGCGGUACGAAGAAGUCUACGGGAAUCAGUUCACGCCGUGCCAACUCCUGCUGGAUCACGCCAAGGACUCCAAGAAGAGGUUUCACAAGUAGUCGGGCUGCGAGUGGCAGUAGCUCAGAAUAAAACUCCAGUCAACCACUAAAAAUGUGCCUAACAUUAAUAUCAAGUGUGAAGACAAAUGUGCUGAAGAUGCACUUUUGAUUAUGUUUAUUGGGUGCACCCAAACUAAAUGAAUCCUCUUUGAAAAGAGGAGUCCUACUUUAAUGACAGUUGUAAUACCGACGUAUCAGAAGUGGUUCAGCAGCAGACUCCCUUCACUUUACCCGGGUGUGCCUCAUAAACAGACAACUGGCUGUAAAAGUGCAUUUUCUUAUGUUUUCUUUUUUACAAAAAUAUUCACUUGAUGUAUAGAUUACGGGGAAUGUCCAAACUAAUUAUUUACACAUUGCAUCUGUAAAGACAUUGAUGCAAAAGAAUUAUACAGUUCCAACUUAAUUCUUAUAUACCGCUGAAUGUCCAGGGGUAUAGCUCAUCGAAUGUCUUUUUUGUUUUUUGUACAUUAAAGGCUUUCUUGAUCGGUAUGGAGAAUGAUGUAAAUGUGAAAGCUACAAUAAAACAUUUAUUAUCAAA